UGGCCAUCGCUGGAGACCAAUACCAGCUUCCCUAUCCCGGAGAAAGUCUAGAAGUCAAGCAGGGGUGGUGGGGCACGAGGCUGAAGAGGUUAGGGCGGGCAAGGUCACAGAGUGCUUCAGAUGCCAGUGCCUGGAGGCUGGACUCUGUCCUGAGGGUAAGGAGAUUCCCAUUUUCCAGACGAGGAAACUGAGACCCAAAGAGUAACUUGCCCAGGGUCACCUCCAACAUGCAGACCCCUGCCAUGAUGUCUCUGCUGCUCGUGUCCAUGGGCCUCAUGGAAGCACUUCAGGCCCAGAGCCACCCCAUCACACGACGAGACCUCUUCUCUCGAGAAAUGCCCCUGGACAUGGCCCUGGCCUCCUUUGACGACCAGUAUGCUGGCUGUGCCGCAGCCAUGGCGGCGGCUCUCCCGGAUCUCAACCGCACGGAGUUCCAGGCCAACAAAGUGUACGCCGAUGUCUGGGCUCAGGCAAGCAGCCAGUGGCAGGAGCGCCAGGCCUGGGGACUCAAGUGGGGCCUCAGCCCUACCCGUCUGCCCCCGCCCACGGGCUUCCGAGAAGAGCAUGGGGUGGCCCUCCUGGCCUACACAGCUAACAGCCCCCUGCACAAAGAAUUCAACGUGGCCGUGCGCGAGGCUGGCCGCUCCCGGGCCCACUACCUCCACCACUUCUCCUUCAAGACCCUCCACUUUCUGCUGACCGAGGCCCUGCAGCUGCUGGGCAGGGGCCAGCGUCCACCCCAGUGCCGCCAGGUGUUCCGAGGGGUGCAGGGCCUGCGCUUCCGGCCAGCAGGGCCUGGGGCCACCGUCAGGCUGGGGGGCUUUGCCUCUGCAUCCCUGCAGAAUGUUGCAGCCCAGCAGUUUGGGGAAGACACCUUCUUUGGCAUCUGGACCUGCCUCGGGGCCCCUAUCAAGGGCUACUCCUUCUUCCCUGGGGAGGAGGAGGUGCUGAUCCCUCCCUUCGAGACCUUCCAGGUGAUCAAUGCCAGCAGACCAGCCCAGGGCCCCGCCCGCAUCUACCUCCGGGCCCUGGGCAAGCGCAGCACAUACAACUGCGAGUACAUCAAAGACAAGCAGUGCAAGUCAGGGCCCUGCCGUCUGGAUAACUCAGCCGUGGGUCAGGGCCCCCUUUCUGCAGUCUGGUCCCUUCUACUGCUGCUCUGGUUCCUUGUUGGAGAAGCCUUUCCAGAGAGUCCAGGACUCCUCUAAUCCAUCAGCCACUGAACAGCUCUGCCGUCACCUCUGCCCAACAUGAGGAUGUCAGCCACAUGUAUGCUUUAAGUGUGGCCAAGAUCUGUGGUAACUCCAUCUGUAGGGAACUCGGGGAUCUUCUCUGGCAGCUGCCAGGCUUGCUAGCAGGAAGAGGAAAAUGUAGGGACUGGGCCUCACCCAGGGGUCUAGGAGUAAGACGGUGAAUAGAGGUGGGGGGACUGCAGGACAGGUAACCACUCACUUGGAGAUAGAAGAUUAAAGUAGUUUGGAGGGGGGGUGAUUGGGGAGAAAAGUACUUGGCCAUGGUACUUGCUGAUAUUACUCAAAUGCUUCCCAUGUACACCUGGACUGCUCCUGUUCGCUCCUCCAGGAAGCCUUCUCUGGCCUCUCCACCCUGCUGAGUUAGGGGCCCUGCCUCUGUGCUCCCAAAGGGCCCUGGUCUCCCACGUCCAACUGUGAGCUUAUGAAGGCAGGGACUGCAUCCGAGGCACAGAGGUGGUGCCAGAAAAUGUGUGGAAGUCAGAAAGGAACAAAUACCUUGUGAAUAGCUGGUUCCUGUACUGCCCCUGCUUUGGGCACCUUCAAGCUCUCCGGAUGUCACUGUGUGGGAACGGGGUGGACUGGAUCUCAUUUUCUUGUCAGCAAAGAUGUAAUUUCUGCUCUGAUCCAUGAGUCCUAAGGUCCCUAAGAGGCUGGAUCCCCAAGUUCCACCACCACGGGCCCUAAGGGUAAGAGAGGACAUGGAGGAAGUGAUAGGCACACACUUUAUUAUCAGUCGGGGCUUUGGGGCCAAAUCCUUGUGUGGUCUCCUGCUCUGGAAACUGGACCAGGAAUCCUGAAUUCCCAGUUGCCUCCCCUGAGCCCCCAGGUAGGGACAGGCAAGAUCAAGUCCCUGUAACAGCAGCCACAGAGGAAGGAAGAGAAGACAGGAAAUGUGGCCGUUCUGUUUGUACUACCUGCACUCUCCUCACUGAAAGCACGAACACUCAGCACCGGAGUUCAGUUCUGUCCCUCCAGGACUGCCCUUUGACCUUGACCCUUCUUAGAGUUCCUCCUCUGCAGGAAUCAGGGGAGCGGCAAGCUCUGGAUUUCCCCUUAGAGGUUAGGGCACAGAGACAACGAGUACUCCCUCUGGUGUGUGAAGUCAGUAGCGCUGAAGAGAGGAUGUCCCAGGCUCUGAGGCCCAGUGGAGAGAGACUGAGUGGCCUGAGGGCCAACCACCACCUGGCCUGGCCAUUCCAUCCCCGUCUGGAGGUGCUGUGGCUGCAGCAGACCCCUGGGACUCACAGGGCCUGCACCAGCACGAGAAGGCUCAUCACCAGGGCCAUGGAGAAGAAGAUGCCCAGGAAGAAACGGUCCAUGACACGGGCCAGGCACUUCCAGUCCUCAUGGCAGCGCUGGGCAGCCCUGUGUCUGUGGAAGGUGUUGGUGAUGGUGGCUACAUGGCGCAGCAGGGCUUCCUGAUGGCACAGACACCGAGGCUCACGGCAAGGGCCUGCUGGUGGGCCAGCUUCUCUGUCAGGAGGCUGGGGGCUGGGGGAUGACUCAGGAGGUCUAGACUGCCCACAGGACUCCCCUCGUUCCCACACACACAGGCCCCGCGCCAGGCGUCCCAGCAGGAGGGCCCGAGCCCAGGCUGGCACUGGGCGGGCACUGGGACCACAGUAAUGCAGGUUCAUGAUAAGGAUGGUGAGCGCUGUGGAGAAGGUGACCAUGGUCAUGGUGGCCAUGUAGUACUUUCCUGCAGGAGAGGGAAAGGGAACUGAGGCCCCAAACAAGAACUCAGGGGGCCUGAGCUCCCCAACUGCCUGAGCACAAGGAGGAAUGAGCUCAUCCCCCCAUAAGGCUCGCAGGACCCUCCAAGCCCAACGGAUGGAAGCGGGAAGAAGGUAAGGGCCAAGGGCUCCCUCUCCCGCAUUCCCCCGUCAGGUUCUCAGAAGCUACCUGCUCCGUAAUUGUUCCCCUCACUGCUGGAGGCUGGACUCACCCACAAUCCCGUGAAAGUCACGCUCUUAAAUAGAUCCAGCAUGAUCUGAAGCAAGUUAUAAUAGAACCUUCCUCACAGGUGUGUGGUGCUGCUUCCUUGAGUUAAUAAACGUCAAGUGUUUAGGA